AUGAUUGCAGUCCAAAGCCAGGCCUCUGUGUCGCCUCGAUCCACCGCCAUCUACCCGUCCGCCGAUGCCCCAUCUCCCCUGAGAUCUAACCAGCGAUCCCCCCUCAUGCCUGUCUCCAAUCCCCCUUCCCACGACCCGUCUCAGGCGGAAGACGUCCCCCAGUCCGUCGAAGAGCAGCCCAAGACCAAGCCAAAGUCACGAUCAAACACGCCCAGCAGCCUCAAUCUCACCAACGGGAACGGCAGACGGAGUCUCAGUGGCAGCCCGGCCAGCCUGAAGAAGGCCUCUCCCCGCCCAGAGGAGACCAGAGACUUGAGCCUUCAAACAAGGGAGGAGGACUUGCGGAGGGAUGACUUGGAAGACGACGAACCUGAACCACAGUCGGUUAUCCAUGCUCCAGUUGGCUUCGAUGGAUUUAAAUCCGGGGCAAGUCCCAUCUCGCCUCCUCCAAUAACCACAUCCGUGGCUCCGACAGGCCACUAUGAACUAAACACUCCCAGAGCACAAACACUACAGGAGAUAGAAAAUUUCAAAAGAACGCCUCACCAGGCAAACCUAGAUGGUCAGGCUUUGCUCUUAUCUUUUACCCAAAGCCGUAAGUCGACUAACAUUACCGUAGAUAUACCGGAAAGCUCGGAUACAGAGCAGAGUCAGGAUUCCCACUACGAUGACGGUGAACAGCGAUCUGUCUGGACCAAGACCAGGUCCAAUGUCCCUGACAACGACGUAGAAAUCAGAGCACUUCGGACUGCCUUGUCAGAAUGCUGGACACUCUGCAAUACACUCGCAAACCUAAGUUACAAUCACCGGGAACGGCUAUUCAACUUCGGCGGGAAAGACGACAUGCAGGAACAGGCUUGGAAGACAUGCUGGAAGCUGUGCCAGAAUUUGUAUGAAACCCGUGAUGACGACCAUUCAGCCCAGGUCCGGCCUACGCUCGACAUGUGUCGGGAUUUCUGUCAGGCCUUGUUCGAGGUACGGCUCAAGGAGAACGAGAUUGCCGACUCCGUCCUCAGAGUCAGCUUCGAGCUGAAUAACCAUCUGUACAACACCCACGACCGCAACCUCCCCGAGGCCUUCCGUGAGCGUACCUUAGACUUCUACAUCACCCUCUGCCACCGUCUGAUGAAACAGCGAACACGGCUCACUGAGGAAACUGACUCUCUGCUUCGAGCAUGCUGGUCCCUCGCAGAAAUGCUUUUUAGCCUGCGGCAGGGGAAACGCGAAGGGAAAGCUCCCGACGAAGAAUUGCUGGGUUCUGCCGUCCAGGCCUGUUGGGAGCUCUGUGAUCUCUUCCGUGAAGGUUGGACUCAGGUCCGUCCCGACCGUGGCACCCCUCGUCCCAGCCAGACUACCUUCACACAGGCCUUCUACCAGGCCAAGCGAGCGGAGUACCCAUCCGAAGACACAGAUACAGACACAGACAGUCUCCUCGGCCUGCAAAAUCCAGAGACCCCAACGACCAUCUUCGAUGACACAGCCACCACCGUCUCGCCAGACCAAGCUCCUAUCCCCAAUAUCAUGGUCCUAGGCUUCGAUAACCCACCACACCACCCUCGCUGGUCAAGCAAUUCCUCGACUCUAUCCGGCUACUCACGCACUUCCAGCCAGACAGCCUCGUCCACGCACACAGUCAAAUCUCCCGGCGAAGAUCAAAACCUGACAGCCCUGAAACUCCUCCUUGUCCGAGCAGCGAUGAACAGCGGAUUCCAACGCGGCGGUUCUGAAAGCCUACCCACUUUCGCUAAGACGCUGUCCUCAGAUGCUUUUGGUUCCCUGCCUUGGCAAAUGUCAUUGCUGGUCAAUUAUAAGAAGCUCAUCACGGCCGACCCGGCCUUCAGGUCCGUCCCGCCGCCAACCCGGGCAAGUGCAAUUGACGUUGCUCGAGCGGUGCAGGCCAUGGUCCAAUAUAACAGUCAGUAUGAAUGGUUGCUGGAUCUCUACCGUCUCGUCUUUGGCUUUUAUACCGACGACGCAGUCAAUGCAACCGGGAUGGUCAUUCAAUCAUGA